UCAGAAAUCAGAACCAAAAUCCUCCGUCUACCUCCGUCUGAUUCCUCUAUUGGGAGAAUCCAAAUUUGCUUCAGGUUCCGUUCGUUCAUGGCUUCGCCAGAGGAGAUGGGUGAUGAUGCAUCAGAAAUUCCAUCCCCGCCAAAAAACACUUACAAGGAUCCCGACGGUGGAAGGCAACGAUUCUUACUGGAACUUGAAUUUAUUCAAUGUCUCGCCAAUCCUACUUACAUCCACUACCUGGCACAGAAUCGGUAUUUUGAAGAUGAAGCAUUUAUUGGAUACUUGAAGUAUCUUCAAUACUGGCAGCGACCAGAGUACAUCAAGUUCAUUAUGUACCCACACUGCCUAUAUUUCCUUGAACUUCUUCAAAACCCCAACUUCAGGACUGCUAUGGCUCAUCCUGCAAACAAGGAAUUGGCGCAUAGACAACAGUUUUACUAUUGGAAGAACUACAGAAACAACAGACUGAAGCACAUUCUACCUCGGCCUCUUCCAGAGCCUGUACCUCCACAACCACCAGUUGCACCUUCAACUUCUUUGCCACCUGCACCAUCUGCAACUGCUGCUCUCUCUCCAGCCCUUUCUCCAAUGCAGUACAAUAAUAUGCUUUCUAAGAAUGACACUAGGAAUAUGGGUGCUACUGGAAUUGAUCGUAGGAAGAGAAAGAAGGGUAUAUAAGCAUUUCCUGCCCUGAAGCAUACACCAUGGCGUCAGUCGUCAGAUAUGGUUUCCUCCAUGUCCUAGGAGGGAAGCCUACUUGACUCAGGUUACAAAAAUGUUGGAAACUCGGUAUUACUCAUUCCGUGUCAUAGGCCGUUUAUGGAAGUUGUCAUAUAUGGUGUUCAAUCUUUGUCUAUGAUAUACAACAACCCCCAAUCAGUAUCAGUCUUUAUCUUUGUUCCUAUCGAUCUUGACAAUUGCAACACUUUAUUUUUUUUGAGAAGCUUAGAAGCAAUAGGAAAAAUUAUGGGAAUGCCAAACAUUUGUCCUUGGCAGAGAUUGCUUCUGCCGGUAAAACAUUAAUUAGGAGUGGGGUUUCCAUGUUGCACUUGUUGGUGGAAAUUGUACGAAAUGACUCUUUGACGUAUCUUUGACAACAGUUAGAAGACCCAAACAUGACAGAGUGUGCUAUGGACCAUGGUAUACGAAACUUGAUAUGUGAUGAAACUCGUAUAACGUAACUC